AGCUAACACAUUCUAUCAAACACGGAAUGCGGCGAUUCGGUGCCCGAGCUCAGCUGCUCCCGAAAUCGUCGCGGUCCAGUUCGGCCUUGGGAUCCGAAUAAAUGGGCAUGUGGCGUCUGACGCGAGAGUGGAGAAAAGGGUCGUGCGGGAAUAUACAGUAUAGAACAGUACCUCUUUGGUGGGACGAGAUCAUAUUGGGAAAACGGCGGACACGGACCAGAACAUUGUCAUUUAUCCCGAGCCGCGGAUCAGAUAAGGUGUACAGGACAGUAUUGUUUUUCCCUUGCGAUUUGGGUGAGGUGGGCGGCGGGCCGGCGGCGCUGGGCGUGAAAUGGGGUGGCGCGCAUGCCUGUGGGCCGCUGAGAGUUCUCUGUUGCGGCAGCGAGGGUGAUCGGCUGGGGCGGUGUGUCACGGUGGCGGGGGAGGCUGCUUGGUCGGCUGCUGUGGAUUCACUUCUCAGGCUCUGUCUCAGAGGUUGCGUCUGUUGGUGAUGGUCUGUGGAAGGAGGGUUUCCGGCGGGCGGGCGGCGGGCGCUGUCCAGCGGGAUUCUUCGUCGCCGAUCCGCGGGUUUUCCGCCGUUGCCCCGCUCUGCUCCGGCUUCUCCUCCACCUGCUGCACUUCCUUGCCCCGUCCAGAUUAGGGAGUCACCAUGUGGUGGCUCGCUAUCUGCCCCCAUACCGGGGCGCCGGCCAUCUCGAGUUGUCCCCUCCGUUCGCCGUCCGAAUCGUCCCAGGCCUUUCUCCUCCAUGUGCGCCAUCUCCUGACGAACUCCACCUCAGAUUCAGUCUGAACCCGUGACGCCCCCUCCCAGUCCCAGCCGUCCCUCACCCCCUUGCGCCCCUACACCUGUACAGUGCUGGGUUCCGUUGGAAGUCAUCUGCAAGUGUGCCACCUCUCAUGAUGGAUUCUUCUCAUGGUGGGGAUUCGGUCUGAAGGUGGAAGCUGUUGGAACCGAGGAUCGACGGACGGUCAGACAAGAACACAAGACACGAUGGUUUACCGGGCGACGAACGCCCGCCGGGCGACAGACGCCCCCAGCGACGAACGCUGGCCUUUCUCUGUAUUUCUCCAACUCGGCUCGGCUUACAACAGGCAGCAGUACGGAGAAAUUUGGCAACAAAUAAAUUUGAGGAAAGAAUACGAACACCAUUUUCGUCGUUGCACACCUGGACUCUCACGGAUAUCUGGGAAUGAGCGCUUCCUAUUCAAAAUUUACUUGCAGAAUCAACUGAUUGAAGGUCCAUAUGUUGAACUUCUUUUUAAGAAUCUGCUAAUGACGGUGUGUAGAACUGCGGUUUCCUUGCAAGGAUUGCUCGCUGUCACUCUUUUGGCAAUCUUGCUGAAGAUUGGUUGGCCAGUGUGCCGUUAUUUUAUUUGUGCAGCUGUAAGGCUUGGGACUGAGGCAGGAGCAUUCCCCCAAGGGAAAUCAAGUUUUAUUGGGAGGUGGUAUGUUGUGGAUGUCACCAUAUCGUGUAUUUUCCUUCGUUCAGCACUACUAGCUUCGCCACACGCACCACCUGAGAGAUGGUUCUGCCUGUAGAGAUGUACCUAUAACGAACUACACAUGAGAUUGAUUGUGAUUCAUUUUACAACAGUACUAACAUAGCCACUUGCGCCACCGGAUGUUAUCAUGGUAAUCUCGUAGUCAUAAGGAAAAGGCGUCCUGGUGGCGAGUGUCAUCGUAUUUUCCUUUUCACGUGUUUUGAUCACUUCAUUGGUCAACGUAGGAGUGUGUGGCUGUUAAUGCCUUGUAUUUUUGGUUGAAAACAUGAUUGGUACUACUUGGGACAGUUUUGAUGUGAAAACACUAAGGUUAAGCAAGUGCCUUUUUUUAGCUGUAUAAUAAAUCAUGUGGUAUUCAUUUA